UGCAAGUGAAGGGUUGUGUGUGUGUACUGCUGCUCUCAAAACAUCACUGAAACGUCCAAGAAAAAAUAAAUAAUUAGGGUUUCUCUGAUCCUUAGCUAAUUUUAAGUGAUUUCUAUGUGUUGUGCGUGAUUUUCCGGUGAAGGAUUUACUCCUGUCCCCUGUUAUUUGUCGUAUGACGAUUUUCGAUCCUAACAAUAUGACUACGUCGAUAAAAUGACCUUCCUGAUGUUCCCAACAUCGCUCUGCUGAAGAGAUAUCUGCCGGCUUCGGAUAUUUUGUGAAGCGACCAUGGCCCGUGCGAAAGUAAAAUUGCGCGAGCCGCUCGGGAACAGGGGCACCUUGAACGCCACCAGCUUCGUUUUGACCGUUCUUUUUCUAUGUCUCGCCGUCGGUUUGUCGAAUUGCGGGGGCGGCGGCGGCGGAGGCGGUUUCGCCAACAGCCUGGAUAAAAUCACCAAUAACUUGAAGGUGGCGAUCGACGACCUCAGGGGUUACAUGCCGAAUUACACGGACUACGCGGAAACGCGGCUUUUUCAAUCCGAAAAGGUCGUUUUCAAGCCGAAGGGCAUGGCGGGAUUGUAUAAUUUAACUGCGAUAGUUAUGGAUUUUAUUUUGCCGCCGGAUUUCCUUAUGCGAGAUUUGAUAAUUUGGAGAAAAGGGCCCUACGAAUACUACCCCGAAUUGAAUGACAAGAUCACCGUUACCGAAAUACUAAAAUACUACUGGCCUCUGAUCCUGGUCGUUGUGAUUUUGGUGCUGAUGACCGUUCUGAUACCGAUAGUGGGCCUGUUCUUCUGUUGCUGUCGAUGCUGCGGCAAUUGCGGCGCCCGGACGAAACCCUGUGAUAAACGAAGAGACUUGUGCAAGAAAGUGAUUCAAGGUGCUCUCUUAAUCGUCCUGGGAACUGCUCUAUUGUUUUGCGUGGUUUGCGCGUUCGCCAGCAAUCAGCAAAUCCAAGAAGGAACCGACGAACUCCCAACGCACAUUAACAACGCUUACAGCGAUUCGGGGAGCUUCCUGGACAGCGCCUCUGACCAAGCUACGAAUCUUCUUAUCAAUAAUUACAGGGAAUUCACUGUUGUUUUCAAGGAUACCGUUCAAAAAUCGGGCGUUCACGUUAUGCAACAAUUGAAUAUUUGGAGUAACGCGACCGCUAUGAUGGACUUGUAUAAUUUCGUCGAAGCCAUACCUGCCAUCAUCGAUCAAUUGAAAUACUUAAAAGAUUCCACCAAUCAUUUGAGGGCUAUGGCUUCCCAAUUGAACGACGCUAUGAGAAAAGUGAAGAGGGAUUUGCUAACGCUAUUGAGGAACUGCACGUUGGACGCUUGCGUCAGUAUUCAGAAGCAAAUCGCCAAUCUUCAAACCAAUAUUGAUUUCAAUAGAGAUCUUGAUAGGUUUUUUCCAAGACUUCCUGAUGUGACACCUGCCAUGGACGUGCUCGGUAGAUUGGAUUUAAACUUACUGAAAACGGCUGCCGAAGAGGGCAAAAGUAAAUUAGACAAUAUCGAAAAACAGAUUACAAGCAAUCUGAACGAUACUUUAGAGCAAGCUUUGGUUAAAGUCGAAGAAGCUGGGACAAAAAUAAAGGCCACUCUGAGCAACGUGACGCAGGUCAUCUUCGAAAUAAGAAGGGAAAUAAACUACAACAACAGUUCGCUGAAUUCAGGAUUGGCCUAUCUGGUGGAAUAUUCCGCGUACCGUUACUACGGCGGUUUGGCGUUGAGCUGCAUAUUACUCCUCAUUACCAUUUUCAUUGUUCUCGGCUUGAUUUGCGGCAUUUGCGGCAAACGGCCGGACGGUUACAGCGACAAUUGUUGCAACAAAGGCGCCGGUGGACAAUUCUUGAUGUGCGCCGUGAUGUUGAUAUUUUUAUUUUCGUUCGUGAUCGGCGUUGUGACUUUGGGAACGUUGUUGCUCGGCUUGGCCAGCGACAGGAGUGUCUGUUACCCCUUGCGACACCCCGAUAAUUCCGUUGUGAUAGACACAAUCGAUGAUUACCUAUUAAAAACUCUUCGCUUGCACAACCGCAACGACGGCGUGGAAAUUCAACUGAGCAGCGCCCUGAAAAUGUGCUAUAAAAACGAAAGUUUGUACAACGUUCUUAACCUCGAAAAGAGAUUUAACAUCGACAAUCUUUCGAAGCAAUUUAACGUAGAUUCGAUAUUGGAUACCAUUGAAAAUCAGUUGGAUAGAAUCGUGGAUCCGAAGUUCACGAUUUUGAACAAUACCAACAUAAAUAUACUCAGGAACUUGUCGCGUUUCGAUCCCGGCAUCAAUUUCGAUCAUUUCCAGGACGAACUGAGGGAAAAUUUCACGAGUAUGAGCUUGAACCAACUAUCCGACACCUUGCAAAGAAUCGUUGAUCAAAUGGAUAAUAAUCCUAUGUACUACUCGCUUCAGUCGGGAUUAAAGUUAAGCAUCCUCCACGUGAACACGUACGAUGAAAAAUUACUGGCGCCUAUGAGGUACAAGGCCAGAGAAGCUAUGGAUAUCGCUUUAAGUCUGGAUUCGAAAAUUAAAAUGAACGCUUCUUCUUUCCCCGAAGCCAUCCACAAUCUUGUGAGCGAAAUCGAGGAGGCGCAACACAAACUUAGAGAAGACGGUUCGAAGAUGUUGAUAGAUGCUGCCACUUCGUUCGGUGAUAUAGUGAAAGAUCAAGUGCAAAGUUACAUUCAACGGGUUGUCACCGAAGCGAAGUAUAAAUUAGGGAAAUGCGAUCCAUUAAACGUUGCCAUAAACGCUACACUAACGUCAACGUGCGACAAAAUCAUCAAACCUUGGAAUGGAUUUUGGGUAUCCAUGUUUGCCAGUUUGUUGCUUUUCAUUCCCACCCUUAUUGUUUCUGUGAAGUUAUCAUCGCUGUACCAAAAAUACAAACAAUAUGGGCAAUACGUUGAAACCGAAUAUUUGUAUGAUGUCUAUGCCGAUCGUGGGGACAGUGUUCCCUUGCACAGUCGCAGCAGCAGUAAAAGUAGAGGCAAUAAGAAGAAAAAAGGUAAAAGAGUGGAAGAUAGGCAUCAAAUGAGCGAAGUAGCGCCGGCUGCAUCUCAAUCUUCAGAUACGAGAUACGCAGAUAUGGCACCUAAGCAAUGGGAAGAAUUUCCCAACGGGGGUCCGCCGCAGUACCAAAGAGCUCCAACUGAAUACGAAAGGCCGCCGCCGUAUUAUUAUCCUGGAACUGCCCAACAAUAAGUCUUCAACGUCGCUUUUCUUAUUUUCCAAGUAAAAUAAAAAUCAAACUUUGAUAGACUGAUUUCGAUUUUGUAACAUCACAUCUUAUUUUUCGAAGAAACUUAUUUAAAUGUAUCGUAUACUUUACUAAACAGAACUCGAUCGAGUUAGAUGAGAUUAAUAUUUUUUAUUUCGGGCAAUAAAUAUUUGAGAUGCAAUCAAAGGAUAGUUGAAAAAAUGGUUAUUGUGAUAUUUUUUAGAAUUCUAAUACGUUUGUAAAGGAUCUUUUUUUGAAAUUUGAUAUUUGCUUUUUUUAGCCUAAUUGUUAGGAACUAAUUGGAAAAAGAAAUGCCAUAACGUGUUUCUAGAAACUAAAUUUUUCAAAAUAGUAAUUUCCAACAGUGCUGUUCUCUUAGUUACAUUUUAGUUGUAAUUUUAAUGAAAUGAUAUUGAAACAGAGUAUAGUUGAAUACAAAUAUUAGUCAAUUCGAUAGAAUAAUUUGCUUAGAUAAUGCAUGAAUUAUUUUUCUCAAAUCUGAAUUUUGAAAAAUUCGGUUUUAAAUGAAUUCGAUGUCCAUCUUGUGACUGACAUCUCGGUAAUGGCUAGUCAAUGAAACUAAUCUUUCGUGCAAUUAAAACGUUGGUGUUUAUACUAGUUUUAGACUUUAAUGCACUAAUGUUUCUCCCAACACUUUACUGGUUGAAAUGGUUCAAUAUUUAAUGUCAUAAUGUAAUUUGGAAGCUUCCAUUGUUUGUAUUUUAUGCAAUGUGUCGUAUUUUGUUACUAAAACUGACUGUUAUAAAAAGACUUAAUAAGUUUGUAUGGUGAAGUUUAAAGAUUCAAUAGUAGAAAUCAUUUUCGAUUUAUCUGAUUCAAAAUACACACAUUGCAUUGAAAAUUAACUCAGAAAUCGAUAUGUAUUGAUAUUCUGAAUGUAGAAGCGAAGUUCGUACAUUACAGUUCGUAUACUUAUUAUUUUUAAUUACAUAAAUGCUCAUUAUCUGAUUAGUAAUUAGUUGACAUUCUCGAAUUGUUUUUAUUUGUACAAUUGAUAACAUUUGUGUUCAGAUAUUUUCAUAUGAAGCGAAUGUUAAAAACAUUUAUUUUUAUUUAGCUAGGUAAUACAUUUAUAUUGUUAACAAAAAUAUCAUUGGAAUUUUAGUUUUCAAAGUGAUAACUAGUGGUAUUUUUGUGGAUUUACCAGUGGCACAGAGUGAAUCUUCAUUUUAGUUUUCUUAUGAAUUAGUUCAUUUAAGCAACUCGAAUUAAACUUAAUAGCGUUUACCUUUUAAUACUUUACCUACACAUGUGUUAAAUGUAAUUGAAGAGUCGUUCUUUAUACGACAGAUUUAACAGAAUGGUGUAGAAUGUAUCUGUUAAAUCAUGUCCUAUCAGUACACAAAACCAUAAUAAUAUUGGGCACAUAAUAUCGUUAAUGUACUAUUCCAAAUAUCUAUUCCAAUAUAGGUGUAAAGUUUAUGUGUUCAAGUAUACUUUUUGUGCUCAGUUUUUUACAUUACUAUAUUAUAAAUUGAAGCCAAAUUUUUGCCAUAUAUAUUCUACAUAUUUAAUGGUAUUUAUUUCUACUAGUGUUAAAUAAUUAUUAAUUCCAAUGUUUAUAAUAAAAAUUUUAAUG